AUGGAUUGUAAAUGUGUCGAGUGUGUUACUUCCCAUGUUAUGGAGAGCGAUUAUGCAAGAGACAUACAAAAUUUAGUGCUUAGAUUAUGUAGAAUAAUUUUUCAAGCAAUUCAAGAAAGAAAAAAUAAAUUAACAUUUCAAACUAUGGAUCAAAAAAUAUUUCAUGGGGAUAUUUGUUCAAAGCUGAGCUUAGAUCAAAUCGCCCAAAUCUUUAAAUCUGCAAAAUGUUUUACAUAUAUUGAUGGAAAAUAUUAUCUUCCUGGCAACACUAAAGUUACUUUUUCUUACGAAUGGAACUUGGCUGAUAGUGAUAAUAAUUUAAAUCAUAUAAUCGCAAUUGGUAAAAAAUGGUAUGGACCUUUCUUGGAUUACGUUCUUAAGAUGGAUCGUUUUAAACGUCAUUUUUUAAAGAAUGAUAACAAUGAGCUUUUAAAUAAUAUUGUGAGCUGUAUACCUGAAUUCAAGUAUCUUUACGACUUUCAUUGGAAUAAUGAAAUUUAUAAACAUCAGGAUCCUUGUGUUCUAUUAUUAGCUUCUGAUUGUGGUGUUUUUGCUAUCGUGGUUAUAAAGUUAUGGGAUGAAUAUCUGGAUGACGAUAAAGAUCCAAAAAUUUAUAAAGAAUGGGUCAAAUCUUAUAAAAAAUAUGCUGUUGAGAAGCAUGGAAAUAAAUUUGUGACUGUAAUUGGUGCGACUUAUACUAAUAAACCUGGUGUAAUGGAACCUCUCGAAUUUGUGGAUGAAAUUGAUUAUUCAAUCUCUCGAACAAUUAACUCGUACAAACCCACACCUGAACCAUCUGAUCAAUUUUUUCCAGUUACACGGGAACAAGUUACCCCAUUUCUACAGCCUAACUCAAAAUUCGUUCUACCUUGGGCAAGCAAACAAACUGGGUCACAUAUACAACCAGUUCCCAUUAAAAUUACAAAGAUGCCACUAAAUCCUGGUAAAAGUCCUGCCGUAACUGGUCUCGAUUAUAUUUAUGAUGGUGGACAAACAGAAAGUGAUUUCGAAGAUUAUUAUUAUACUCAUAUUUACUAG